UUGACGCUUCGGGGGUGGCGGUACUACGGGGAGAGAACGACGGAGCGGAGAGUCAUUCAGGGUUAAAAUAUUCCGCCUUGGGGGGUGGGGGAGGACAUACUUCACUGCCAACCCAGUGACAAGGUUGGGUCUGCGGUGCCUGCAACCCAGGAAAACAUGGAGCUCGAGAAUAUCGUGGCCAACACAGUCCUGUUGAAAGCAAGAGAAGGAGGUGGUGGAAACAGAAAAGGAAAGAGCAAGAAAUGGAAACAGAUGCUUCAGUUCCCCCACAUCAGCCUGUGUGAGGAGCUCCGGCAAACUACAGAGAAAUACUACAACAGCCUUUGUGAGCGGCAGCCAAUCGGACGCAUGCUCUUUCGCCAGUUCUGUGAAACCCGGGUUGAGCUGAGGCGCUGUGUCAAAUUCCUGGACACUGUGGCAGAGUAUGAGGUCAGUCCAGAUGAGAAGAGGAGGGAGUGUGCUCAGGAGCUCCUAGACAAGUACUUCAGCCCAAAGUCAGAGGAUCAUGUCCCCGAGUUGGGGGAGGAAAUGAUGGGUCAGUUUACAGAGAGACUGGAGCAAGAGCAGGAGCCCUGUAAAGAACUCUUCAACGAGUGCACCAAACUGAUCCAUGACUACCUGAGUGUGGCUCCCUUCGCAGACUACCUCGACAGCAUGUACUAUAACCGAUUCCUGCAGUGGAAGUGGCUGGAGAGGCAGCCAGUCACCAAGAACACAUUCCGACAGUACAGGGUAUUAGGAAAGGGAGGCUUUGGUGAGGUGUGUGCUUGCCAGGUGCGAGCCACAGGAAAGAUGUAUGCGUGUAAGAAGUUGGAGAAGAAGAGGAUUAAGAAGAGGAAAGGAGAGUCCAUGGCCUUGAACGAGAAGCAGAUUUUAGAGAAAGUCAACAGUAGGUUUGUAGUGAGUCUAGCGUACGCCUAUGAGACGAAGGACGCUCUGUGUCUGGUGCUCACCCUGAUGAACGGAGGAGACCUCAAGUUCCACAUCUACCACAUGGGAGACGCCGGCUUCGAGGAGAAGAGGGCUGUAUUCUACUCUGCCGAGCUGGCCUGUGGCCUUGAGGACCUGCACAGAGAGAGGAUCGUAUACAGGGACCUGAAGCCUGAGAACAUACUAUUGGACGACCAUGGCCAUAUCCGGAUAUCAGACCUGGGCUUGGCUGUCCAUGUGCCCGAGGGAGAGACUAUCAAGGGUCGGGUUGGCACCGUUGGGUACAUGGCUCCGGAGGUGGUUAAGAAUGAGCGCUACACAUUCAGCCCAGACUGGUGGGCGCUGGGCUGUCUGCUGUAUGAGAUGAUCGAGGGCCAGUCUCCCUUCCAGCAGCGCAAGAAGAAGAUUAAACGUGAGGACGUGGAGAGGCUGGUCAGAGACGUGGAGGAGGAGUACUCAGACAAGUUCUCAGAGGACACCAAGUCCCUCUGCAAAAUGCUGCUGGCCAAAGAGCCCAGUGAGAGGCUGGGCUGCCAGGGGGAGGGUGCUACGGAGGUGAAGGCCCACCACAUCUUCCGAUCCAUCAACUUUAAAAGGCUGAAGGCUGGCAGGCUGAAGGCCCCCUUCACCCCUGAUCCCCAGGCCAUUUACUGUAAGGACGUACUGGACAUCGAGCAGUUCUCCACGGUCAAGGGGGUGGAGUUGGAGCCCAAAGAUGACUCCUUCUACUGUAAAGUGUCCACAGGCAGCGUGUCCAUCCCCUGGCAGAUGGAGAUGAUCGAGUCUGAGUGCUUUCAGGAGCUCAAUGUGUUUCACACAGACGGGACAGUUCCCCCGGACCUGGACUGGAGAGGACAGCCCUCGCCACCACCUAAACAAGGGCUGCUGCAGAGGCUCUUUGGGAGACAGGACUGUUGUGGGAACUGCAGCGACAGUGACGAGGAGCCCACCAGGCUGUGACUGAGCUCCCUCCAACCAAUUACACCAAGGAUCUCAUUUGUUUACAAAUUUUGCACAUUUGUAUCUUUAAGAUAGUUCUAUAUAAAUAUUGGAAUGUAUAUUUUCAGUAUAUAGCCAUAAAGUCCAUGUCAUUUAAAUGUAAUCAUUAUUCAGAACCCAUCAUAGGAGGCAACAACAGGUAAGCCUAACACUGCUGUGGUCCCCCCCCCCCAAAUCUGUUGAUAGUGUUGUCAGCUUUUCUUUCUCUUUUAAAAAGUGUCGACCGUGCUCGGACUGCUAAGUGUUUCUGAAUGGGGGAUGAAUGAAAAGUGUACGUCCACAACUAUUUUUAUAUUUAUAUUUUAUUUUUAUUUACUUAAUGUAAUUCUAGGCAAUCAAAUUAGGAAUGUUGUGUGAACUCUAGGCUUAAAGGAAAUGGAAGACUAAGGUGAACUUUUGGUAUGAGGUGAUACAUUAUGUACAUUCUAGGGUUCAAUCUAGAGACACUUGAUAUAAACCAAAUAGAUAUGACUAAACACUGCAUAUGUAAGUGCAAACAAGUGUAUAAUUUGUGACACUCGCGUCCGAAGUGUGUCUUCCAAUGAACCUGAGUUUAGGUAGAAAGCAUGUUAGUUCCCAACCAUAUUAUGAGCUAGAGAAGUGAAUUGACAAACAAAAAAAACUGCAUUGUAAUACAGUAAUUCAGUUGUAAGAAAUGACCUUUUUCGUAAGACGUGGAUAGCCGAGAAUGGCCUGGAGUUUCCUCUACCAUGACAUCCUCUAGAUGGCUACACGUUUGUCACGGAGCACUUGAGUUUAAUUAAGCGAUGCACUUAUGACCAAACCGGUUUGUUUUCAUCCUCCAAAUAUUUUUUAUGGUUAAUUCCUUCCCAUUCAAGGUUCCUUUGAUAGUUUAUGGUACUCUAUAUAAUUACCAUAUUUUAUCAAAUCUAACAAAGCUGUCUGUCUAGGUUGAGACCAUGCUGCAUCUCUCUCUCCCUCCCUCUGCUGUACCUCAUGUGUUCCUCUGCAUCGUGUAACUCAGUGGGAUUCUCCUUGUAAAUGUGGGACUUUAAUAGGACUGAGGGACUGAGCUCCCUGACAGACUAUGGGACUAUGGUAUCACCCUCUGAACCCUCCUUACCAGAGACUCUAUCAGACUGAGGAAGAAGGUUCAAAGAGGAGGGGAGGGGUCACCGAGAGGUCAAACCAUCUCAAUGUAAAGCUCAGCACUCCGACGGAAAUUGGAAGAGACUCUCAAACUCCUACCAUCCCCGUCUCUCAUUAUCAAAUCAUGUUAUCGUAUGUGAUUCUCAAAUUAACUUGCCUACAUUCCAGUCUAUACCGUACUGUACAGUGUAAAGUUAUGCUACUUUUGUUUAUUUUGCAAUGUUUUUUUUACCGGUGUAAAGUUACAACAACAAUAACAGUUCCACCAUGAAACUAGAAUAGGACUGAAAGUAAGAUGAGUAUGAUUUCUCUUUACAAUGUGCUCCUGAGCCAAGCUUACACACUGAGAGGGAGGGCUUCUCUCUGUCUGUCUCUGCAUCCAUGAAACACCUCUGACACUUUCUUUUUUGCAAUGCACUGACGUUUUUUGUGUGGGCACGCAUGUAUCACCAUAACCACUAGACUCUGUACCCACUUGGCACAAACUGGUUAAGUCAACGUAUUGUGACGUGGAAAAUACAUUGGAUUUGAAAAAAGUAAUCAACUGUUGUAAUUUCAACCACAGGAAUAUAUCAUAACCAAUUUUCAAAAUAUGUUGAAUUUAUACCUUUUGAAACAACAUCAGAUCUUCAACGUAAUAUCCACUAUAAGAAAACAACUGUAGGGGGGGGUUCUACUAAGCUAACAUAUGGAAUUGUUUUAAGUUAGCUAAAUGAUCCAUCAUUUGACUAUUUGAUUUGGAAUUUUAGGACCCCUGUAGGUUUCCCCCCUUGAUUUUGGCCUUCACCACUAUAGCGCAUUGAGGAACGCAUUCAUACGUGGGAAAACAGACAUAAGGAAUAAGGUUUUGAUGUGUCUGUCCUAUUUAUAGGAGAUAUAAGAAAGCUCAGGAAAUAUUUUUGUUUUUUCAACACACAUUUAACCCCUAUUGUUGGCACAAAACUACCUCCAACCUUCUGUUCAUUUUUUAAAACUGGUACUGGUUUACAUUCAGACCAGUCCCGUGACACUUGUGGGGAUCAUAGAGCAAAACCAGUGUGUUCUUUAGUUUAAUCUUUCCAUAGAGUUGUUAUAUUCCUUAGUAAGCCAAACCGUUCAGACGUUUUUGUAAGACAGAUUUUUGAGAUGUGUCCUGGUCUGACAAACAGCACCGUAGCUCUGCCAUUUUCUACUGCAGUGGCGGGAGGCCGACAUAGGCGGAUAGAGAUGCAAAAAAACAGAAACUGAUGGAUUUUUUUGUUUGUUAAUUAGAUUGACGCACUUUUUUUACCAAGCCCUGCUAAACUUUGAUAUUUGUCAUCAACUGUCCUAUUGUGAGAAUGAUUGUUGAUCUAUUCACCGUUGUUAUCAAAGUCAAGGGUAGGUUUAAUAGAGCAAAUGAAAUAUGACCAUAUAUUAUCAAUGAUGAUAUUUAGGCCUAUAUAGCAUUUCUAAAGUCAUCAACCGCUAUUGUUUCAAUUCAACACACGAUUCAAGCUUUGGUUGAUUUCAAAUGGAAUCUACAAGUUAGUAAAAUAUAAAGUUGGAUUCAUGUCGCCAUCUCAACCAAAAAUGUAAGUUAAACAAUGACUAAAUUAAAUCAAACUGUAUUUAAAGUGCAUUUAAUGUUUCAUCUGAUUUAGCCCUAUUAAUUCAAAUUGUAUGUAUACAUUUGUAGACAAACUGGAAUUAAAGCCAGAUAGUUUCAUCCGUGCCACUAUCUAAGGACACAUCUCCUUCAUAUGUCUAUUUUUGGUUGCGUUGACAACCAAGCACAAUUAAAUAUUUUUGCAAUACAGUAAAUAUCCUAUUAACUUGUCGAUCAGUUAACAAAUUAAUUGUGUGAUUCAGGUCUCCAUGUCAACAGAAAAUAGAAGUUAGAGAAUAGAUUUAAGCCAGUGGCUCAGAUGGAACUAUACAAGCAGCAGAUAUUUCCUUUAAAUGUUUAUUUGUUUGCAUUGUCAACCAAACAAUUCUAUUUCUUUUGUAAUACAGUAAAAUGAGUAUCACAUCCCUGGCCACAUUUUGAGGUUACUGUAACAACAAAUGUCUUAUGUAAUCAUAAAAAGUGUGCAUGUUCAAGAUAGCAUGCAAAUGUCGCAGGUCUGUGGAGAUUUUCUUGCCUGGCUACCCAAACCCUUUGCUCCAACCAAACGCUACGCCAUGCCCACAAACGUUAGUUUAUUUCAAUGAGUCUGGAUCUGAGUACCUCCCUGACGAUUUCUAGAAUUCUCAACGUUGAGCAAAGUGGGUACCCACGUAGGCAAGAACUGGUUAAAUCAAUGUUGUUUCCAUGUGAUGUUGAAUUAACGUGGAAAACUGAGUGGAUUUUUCACCCAACUUUUAUUCUAAAUCCAAUGACAUGGUGAGAUUUUGUGUGGAAUUCACAUUAGUUGACAACUCAACCAAAUGUAACUCAAAACUAGAUGUUGAACUGAUGUCUGUGCCCAGUGGGUAAGGUACUGCUCAUGAUGAGUGAACAUGCUACUGUACUAAAGGGAGUUCUCUGAACGUUCUCUGAAUGUCAGGAGGUUGUCUAAAUCUCUGUUAGUUUCCCAAGCCCAACAGGAGAGCACUAAGCAACAGGUUUUGACAGUGGGUAUGAGAACAGUUACAUUUGACCAAACACAUACUUAAUUUUUACCUCAGUAAAGAAAGACGUAGUUAAUACAGUAGAGUACCAACAAUUAAAGCACUGAAAAGGAUGAAUACAACAUAAGUCAAUGUACAAUAUACACUACAUGGCCAUAAGUAUGUGGACACCCCUUGAAAUUAGUUGAUUCGGCUAUUUCAACAACACCCAUUGCUGACAGGUGUAUAAAAUCGAGCACACAGCCAUGCAAUCUCCAUAGAUAAACAUUGGCGUUAGAAUGGCCGAGUGAAAUCGCCGGGCACCGUCAUAGGAUGUUACCUUUCCAACAAGUCAGUAAGGACAUUUUUCUACCCUGCUAGAGCUGCCCCGGUCAACUGUAUGUGCUGUUAUUGUGGAAAGCCGCAAAGUGGUAGGCCACAAGCUCACAGAAUGGGACCACCAAGUGCUGAAGCGCACAGCGUGUAAAAAUCAUCUGUCCUCGGUUGCAACGCUCACUACUCAGUUCCAAACUGCCUCUGGAAGCAACGUCAGCACAAUAACUGUUUGUUGGGAGCUUCAUGAAAUGGGUUUCCAUCUGGCAGUCUGACGGACAAACCUGGGCUUGCCGGAUGCCAGGAGAACGCUACCUGCCUGAAUGCAUAGUCCUAACUGUAAAGUUUGGUGGAGGAGGAAUAAUGGUCUGGGGCUGUUUUUCAUGGUUUGGGCUAGGCCCCCUAGUUCCAGUGAAGGGAAAUCUCAACGCUACAGCAUAUUCUACAUGAUUCUAUGCUUCCAACUUUGUGGUAACGGUUUAGGGAAGGCCCUUUCCUGUUUCAGCAUGACAAUGCCCCUGUGCACAAAGCGAGGUCCAUAAAGAAAUGGUUUGUCAAGAUCGGUGUGGAAGAACUUGACUGGCCUGCACAGAGCCCUGACAUCAAACACCUUUGGACUGAAUUGGAACGCCGACUGCGAGCCGGGCCGAAUUGCCCAACAUCUGUACCCAACCUCAAUAAUGCUCUUGUGGCUGAAGGGAAGCAAGUCUCCUCAGCAAUGUUCCAUCAUCUAGUGUAAAGCCUUCCCAGAAGAGUGGAGGCUGUUAUAGCUGCAAAGGGGGGACCAACUCCAUAUUAAUUCCUAUGAUUUUGGAAUGAGAUGUUCGACGAGCAGGUGUCCACAUAUUCUUAGCCAUGUAAUGUAUGCGCACAAUAAUGGGUCAAAACUAAUGAAGUGCUUGUCUUGUAUUGAGUCAUGGACUGAGCUGUUUCCUCUGAAAAGGCUCUAUCUGUGAAGCGGAAAUGGCGGUUAGCAUCUGCUAGCGCUGGAUAAUGAAGUCAGGUUCAUGUGUCACACACGUUACAGUACAUUGACUUUAAGGAUUCAGGGACGUUUGCUUACCCUUUUAAUAUUUAUCUGUUGCUUUUAUUUUAUGUUGCGCUCUUAACUAUUUUAUAGCCUUCUGUGAGUCUAGACUGUAAUGCUAGGUUAUGCUAAUGCUAGGCAUUCAAAAUUGCCAUGUCCUUAUUAAGGUGCUUCCUUACAUUAUCUACCUGUACAUCUGCAUUUUAUUUCAGUAUUUAUUUUUUGACCAUGUGCUUAAAGUUUUUACCUUACACUGUUGGUUUCAGUUCAAAUAUUCAGUCAUUUUUUUGAUGUUGCCAUACUCUUCACAUUUUGCCAACUAUGUUCAGACUGCACUAAGCCCUCACAAUUAGGAGGUACGCUUUGUUACAGUUCACGAGGAGAGAAUUGACAAGUGUAUGAGGUGAAAAAUGUUUAUCUGAAAUUAUAUUGUGUCCAAUGUCCAUAUCCUUUUAAAUACCAUAUUAAACCAAGCACUAGUCUUCAUUGUCUGAUUAAUUGUAGCUGAAUCCAUGUCACAUUUGUUGCAACGUUGCAUUGUAAUGCAGCUCCGCUUUGGCGUUCCGUGUGAUAUCUCUCUGAGCUCUGGAAGGUUGGAGACUUCAUUCAUGUAACCAUCUUCUGUUACUCAAUUGCCUUCCCACCCUGUCCUCUGUUAGGCCCCAUGUCAUACUGUGUGUGUCUCUAGAGACCAUUAGAUCUGUUGUCCUACUGUGUUAACAUGCCAAAUGGAAGCUACCGAGAUGAUGAUUGAUGAAAGGAGUCGAUAAUGAUGAUAAUCAAAUCAAAACGUAUUGGUCGUGUACAGAUGUGAAAUGCUGAUGUUACUAGCUCCAACAGUGCAGUAGAAUGUCUAGCAAAUACAAUACUAAUACACAAAUAAUUAAAGUAUACAAAUAAAUGUCAGAACGAGUCCAAUUAACAAUCCAAAGUAGAUAGUGAGCAGUGUCAGAAUCCAGAAUAUAAAUAUUAAUACGUGGUGUGUAUAGACAGUUUAUAAUUUUGAAAAUAAAAUGGUAUGUACAGUAUUAGGUAUAUUAGGAUGAGCUAUGUCAAGAAUACAAUAUAUACAUAGUGAGUAAACAAGAGUAUAUGAAUUGACCAGUGUUCAAUGUCUCUCUGUACAUGGUGCAUUAGUAUCACCAUGCAGAGUACCUGGCAGGUAGACGGCUAGUAAUGGCUGUUCAACCGUCUGAUGGCCUUGUGAUAGAAGCUGUUUCUCAUUGUCUCGGUCCUGGAUCUGAUGCACCUGUACCUUCUCUGUCUGCUAGAUGGUAGCAGAGUGAACAGACCGUGGCUCGUGUGGCUGAGGUCCCUAAUGAUCUUCUUGGCCUUCCUUUGACACCAAGUGCCAUAAAUGUCCUGGAGGUGAUGAUCAUGAGGAUAUGUAAAUGUGCCAUGUGCAUGCUAUGUAUCACUGUGAUGUGUUUGUUUGAGCUCUUUUGGUUCUCUCGCUCUCCUCUGAAAUCAACUCAUACUGUCUGACUCUGACCCAUCUCCAUAGGUGCCUGUGAAACUUUAUUAGUCAUGGCCAGUCAAACUGGACCUCCAUGUAACAUAUGAGUUGGAAUAUUAUUUUUUUGCAUAAGUAUUUUACUUCAAUAAAACAUUGUUUCUUUA